CCAAGUGCGAAAGUUAACGACUGUUAACUUUUUGUGGUUUAAUGGUAUAUCAGCUCCGGUUGCAACCUCUCCCUGUAUAUGCCGAUUAAAUGCCCAAGUGGACGUCAAGCUUACAUCAGUGCGCUAUUUGGUUUCCAUCAACAUACCGAAUACCAAAAGAGGCUAGAGAAAACCAGCCGUGUUUGGGCUGGUGCCUAAUCGAUCAAUAAUAAACUUACGCAAGUCGUCAUUAAGAGGAAGUUCGACAUUUUUAUUAUGUCAUAACCCAGUUUAAUGGAUUUUCCGGCAAGCCUCCGACCUGAGGGGCUUUAGCGGCUCCAACGCAUUUCCCGGUUGAAGCUGGAGAGAGAGCAACACGUUUCGAGGCUGAAGCGCCUCUAUCCCUUGACUGGGUCAGUGAGUGUUUGUGUGUGUCAAUAUAAAGUUUAUUGCUCCAUAGUAAAGUUGCUCUAAUCCGGGCUCAACGGUUGGGCAGGUUUAGCGGCAAAAAUGCUCAGCAACCAUGCUGAAGCAUAAAGUGCAAGAUCGGGAAUGCGACGAAAGGUUGCAGAAUCUCGACGUGGUGAAAUGUCGUGUUAAAAUUUACAAAAUCAACAUGCAAAGGUGUCCAUACAUCCACGAGAUGAAGGAGCGUCUCCUAGGCGAACAAGUUCCGGUGGAACAAAUCCAGCCGGCCAAGAAACCGUCAACUCCACCGCCUGCUAAGAUGGACCAGUUGCAGCCAGUGGCUACUGUGGUCAAGCUCAACCCUGAUGGAUUCGGGUCUCACACUUCACCUACACAUGUCCGAGCCGACAUGGCCCCUUUAAUGCCAAAGCAACCUGAAGAUGAUUUUCACGUUUACCAUACCAAAGUCUAUCCUAAGAAUGCCAAAACCUCCCUAUUCAUUAUCAUGAGCUUUGUGUAUGCGAAGCUUCUGGUCGUAGUAUGCAUAGCGUAUGUUUUCUCCGACUCUGUCACUCACAACAUUCCUCUCUACUACUACGAAGGUUUUUUCACUUACCUCUAUGGAAUGAGUAUCUGGUUCCUGCUCUAUGUGUUCCUGUUCCUCCUCCAAGAGAGCUCCUGUUGCGCUGGAAAUGAACGAGAGCCAAAGGUGAAGCCGCCGCCUAAGCAAAAAACGAAAGAGAAAGAAAAAGAGCUGAAGCAGGAGGAGGAGAAGAAAAAGAAAGAGGAAAAGGAGCAGAAGAAAAAGGAGGAGAAGGAGAAAAAGGAGAAGGCCAAGAAGAGCAAGAAACCGGACAAGCAAAAAGCGUCCAGCUCCAAAACCAAACCGGACGGUACGCGCGAUCCAGAUUUCAACAUCUCUUUUAGUUUCGAAGAUAUUAAGAGGGAGAUGUUUCCGCGCAAGAUGCGCGACCUGGUUCAGGCCAAGGCGGAACUGGGGCGCACUUUUAACAUGAAGAGCACCACGUACCGACGCAACAGCGAAGGCGUGGUCGACGCUGAGGACGUGGUGCCGGUGCCCGUAGCCGAAUUAUCGGAAAGGGUGCAAGCGGCUGACCAUCGUCACUCUUCGCAGGGCCCUCAGCAGGAGGGAGGAGCACCGCCGCCGCCCGUGCCGCCACCGACCGCCCCCGUUUCUGAGCACAUUAACAACGUGGACGUGGAAAGUGGUGUUGCGCUGACCCAACAGUCUGCGCAGCUGAGCAAGUGCAAGCGGAAGACCACGCAGAACGAUCACAGUCACGGCAGCUUUUUCCUGAGAAUCGGCGCAAUCGCUUUCGGACUGGGCACCAUGAUCUAUAACGGGUUGGAGUUUGGGGUGUUUUUCGAAAUUCCCCUUAACUCGCCCUGCUACAUGAUUCUACGGGGAAUCAACCCCUUGCUGCAGAUGAUCUUCACCUUUAUGCAGAUGUAUUUCAUUUUCAUGAAUUCACGGCUGAACAUCCACCGAUUCAAAGUGAUUGCACGUUUCGGCCUGAUGCACGUGGUUGCCACCAAUUUGUGCGUGUGGAUCCGGACUCUGGUCCUCGAAUAUAUUAAGGAAAUCACCAUUUAUCAUCGGGACCUUUUGAACGCCACUUCUGUUGUUGCCACCGAAGGAUCACCGUUUGCAGAGCGGCUUUUUCCAGCGAGCAUCAGACAGCACAUUCUGCGCAACGCUAACACCGUGCUGGGCACGCAUUUAGCGAAGCCGGACGUGUUGCCUGCCAGCGUCACCACCACUGCUCGCAGCUUAUUUGCCGCUACAGUGGCAGCUACGCCCUCUAACGUUAAGCAAAUUAUCAGCACAACCGCGCGCACUGUCUACCCUUAUGUUAACAAUAUCGUAACUAAGUCUACCACUACGACGUCCACCACUACUACCACGUUGCCUCCGCCUACCAUCAGAAAUGUGUUCACAACCGCAAAAACCAUUCCUACCACCAUGUGGCGCAUGUACAAAAGCAGCGCCGCCCCUUUCGUUCAUGCUACUACGACCAAACCGACCACUUUCGCGCCACCCUCGACACUGUCCACAUUGCGCACGACAGCGGCCCGAUCCUGGCACGGCUUUACGACUGAGCGGGCGUUCUCCCCCACCACCGCCACAACGCCGAGAACUUACGCACCGUCGACUUACGCCACCUUCAGUGAAUUCUUCGACUUGCAGGGUUUUAACAGUUUAUUGGCUAACGAUGCGGUUCAUGUUGCUGACGAGCCGAAUUUGGUAAACGAGCUCUCUAGUGCCGUUUUGAAUAACAGCAGCGAACUGCUGGAUAAUUUAUCGCCGCAACCGUUCAUCGGCUUCUUCACUCGUAACAUCACCGCCUCCAGCGACAGUUGCGGUCGCAUCAACAUCAUGGGCACCAUUGUGCAGGACUCUGCCCCCUACUUAUUCCCGUUCAUAAUCGAGUACUCUCUAAUCGGAGCCGCCGUCAUCUACUGCAUGUGGAAGCACAUCGGCAGAAACCCCAGAUACGUCACUCAGGAAGACCUGGAGCAUCGUUUGGAAAUUAUGCUGAGCAGGAGGGCGGUGGCGAUGGCGCACGCUCAGCAGGGCCGCGUUGACUGUGUGGGUGCCUCCAAGGGCUUGUUCUUCGGACUUCUGAUGCUCGUAGCCUCGCUCAUUUGUCUGAUCCUGUUCUUCGUCAUGAUCCACCACAAGGACUUGGGACUGUUGGCUAUUUACCUUGCGGACGUGUCGCACUGCGUGUUGAUGGUGCUCAGCAUUGUCGCCAUUAUCAUAGGCUUCAUCAGGGUCCAAAACCUCAAGUUCAAGACGGAAGAGCAGAGUGACUUGAACGACAUUCUGCUGCGUGUGUCUGCUUUUGGGCUCUUCACUUACGCGGUCUUCAGUGUAAUCGCAGGACACUUCAAGGCGCUUACUAUGGAACCCAACAUGUUGGUUAUGAUUACGGGAAUUCUGUCGGUUCUACAGGUGGUUCUUCAGCUGCUCUUCAUCGCCGACGUUUCUCGUCGCCGAGUUCAUCUUCCCGAACACGAUCGCACUAAACCCGGCCGUCAAGUGGUCACUUUCCUCCUGAUUUGCAACAUCACCAUGUGGAUUAUCUACACGUUUGAAGCUCAAAAAGUAGAGGCCAAUCCCGUCCAGAAGAACUUCUACGGUUUCCUGACUUGGGCAAUUGUGCAGCGUCUCACGUUGCCGCUUUGCAUUUUCCAUCGCUUCCACUCGGCCGUCACAUUGGCGGAGAUCUGGAAAACCAGCUACAAAGCUCGACUGGAGUAAAGCGCGCCUUCACACCAAAGAUUUGCUCAUUCAGGCUGCGUUCAAGUCGAUGAUUGUUUCAUUCAUGGCGAUUCAGGCUUAGAUUUUUGCGAUUAGUUUGCGAAGCGAUUUUGUAUAUAUUGAUGAAUAACUCACACACACAUACACAAGUCUGAUCGGUUUGCUCAUGUAUGUAAAUACGGCGGAACAACUUGUUUCAGCGCUGUUUUAAGGGGCCGAUUGACGACUUUUAUUUACCCUCUCGACUCCGUAGAAAGAUCUGCCUUUACCAUCCGACUAGGUAACAGCGAUCAAUUUUCUCGUGCGCGCUUUCCAAAAAUCCAUUUAUUUAGUGAACAAUGAACGAAUCAAAACGUAUAUGCCAUUUAUAUAUAAAAACCCGUGUUGUAGCUAAUAACUAUGUACAUAAACCUCGAUGUCUAUAAUGAUGUUUGUACUUACGUUUUCGGUGUUUCCUGUUUAAAGAGGUUUCAUAUUAUUGUGUGGACCAUAUCUAAGACUCCAAAUUUUAUUUUUCGAUGUCUUUCCAGAGGUAGAAACAGUACAAUAUCAUCGCGUAAUUUAAGACAGGCUGUCUCGGCCUUACAGUGAUGUAAAGAACCAAUUUUAAGGUGAAACCAUCCCAUCCGCAUACAUAACUGUGGUAGCUAGAUUUGCACUAUCGACUCGUUUUCAUUUGAUUUUGUAUUUUUUAAGAGUUUAUUUUCUGUUACUAUAGUCUAAGUGUAGUAAAGGGUAUUAUAUAGUGUUGUGACAAAUAUCUCUCUAUGUGUGUUGACAUACUAAAUUAUACAACGUAGGCUAUAUAUGUAUCAAAGAGUGAUGUUAAUUUAUGUACAUACCAUCUCAUUGAACGUAUUGUUACAUUACUUUACGUUAAACUCGUACGUUUCCAUUCUUCUCCGAUUAGAUAGAUUUAAGGGUAUAAUAAUGUAUUACCGGGGUGCAGCAGAAAUUGGCUCAGAACCAGGCUGUGGGUUGAGCUGCUACGGAAUCGUUCUCUAACACUGCCGUUUCACUUUGGACGUAUUUGUAUUAAAACAUUUUUAGAGGUAGUUUUGCGGCAAGAGUUUUAUUUUGCGAGCUGCAAAGCUGCAGUUGUAACAUGCAAUUGUUUAUAUGAGAAAUAGAUGAUUAGUUUCAUUGUCAAAACCUUUUGUCACGUCGCGACGUUUCAAAGUGUUUACUUUUACUAUUAAACAAUUAUCUGAGAA